AUGUAUCACAUAUUAAAGAUCUUCGGCUAUGUUUUCAAGUCUUUGGGUUUGAAGAUGAAGAUUCUGAUAAGAUUCAUCUUUAGUAGCUUACUCAUUGGUUCUGUAAUCUUACUAUCAUUCUCUAACAACUUCAACGACCAACUUCUUGAUGCUACACUCAACGGUUCAAGUGAAUCAGAAACAUCCCAUGAUAAGUUGAUAGGAGGGCUGCUAAAAGCAGGUUUCGAUGAAGGUUCUUGCGUGAGUAGGUAUACUACGUCAUUGUUGUAUCGCAAGCCUUCACCAUACAAGCCAUCACCAUAUCUUGUCUCUAAGCUUAGACGCUAUGAGAAGCUCCACAAGCGUUGCGGUCCAGGCACAGAAGCCUACAAGAGAGCAACAGAGCAGCUUGAUGAGAACCAAGUAAGAAGCUCUGAUAAAGAAUGCCGAUAUGUAGUGUGGGUGGCCACCGAGUAUGGGCUAGGAAACAGAAUAAUAUCUCUGGUCUCUUCGUUCCUCUACGCUCUCCUGACAGACAGAGUCAUUCUUGUUGAUCAAAGAAAAGAUAUAAGUGAUCUCUUCUGUGAGCCUUUUCCGGAUACUUCAUGGUUGCUUCCUCUAGACUUUCCAUUGAUGGGUCAGAUAGAUAGCUACUACAAGGAAUAUUCUCUUUGUUACGGUACAAUGCUGAAGAAUCAUGCCAUUAACUCGACUACAACACCACCGUCCCAUCUUUAUAUUCACCUUCUUCAUGAUUACAGGGAUGUGGAUAAGAUGUUUUACUGCGAAGCAAACCAAGCUUUCAUCAAGAGCGUCCCGUGGCUAGUGGUGAAAUCUAACCUCUACUUCGCUCCAUCUCUAUGGUUGAUACCUAGCUUUCAGACAAAACUCAUCAAGCUGUUCCCACAGAAAGAUACUGUCUUCCAUCACUUGAGUCGGUAUCUUUUCCACCCCACGAACCAAGUGUGGGACAUGGUCACAAGUACCUACAACGCUAACUUAUCAAAAGCUGACGAGGUGCUAGGGCUUCAAAUAAGAGUGUUCAGCACGCCAUCUGGUUAUUUCCAGCACGUGAUGGACCAAAUCGUGUCAUGCACACAAAGAGAGAAGCUCUUGCCUGAACUAGCUACAAAUGGAUCAUCACAUUCACAAGUCAUGAACACAACAAGAAGCAAGAAACUUAAAGCUGUUCUUGUCGCAUCUCUACAUCCAGAGUACUCUGAUGAGCUAAGUAAAAUGUUUUCAGAACGACCUAGCUCAACAGGAGAGAUGAUCCAAGUGUAUCAGCCAAGUGGAGAAAGGGUUCAACAAACAGACGAGAAGCUUCACGACCAAAAGGCUCUCGCGGAUAUCUAUCUAUUGAGUUUAUCUGUUAACAUAGUCACAACCGAGAGGUCUACGUUUGGAUACGUAGCUCAUGGUCUUGGAGGAUUAAAGCCAUGGAUACUCUACGAGCCAAAGAACCGAAAAGUUCCUGACCCACCGUGUGUUAGGGCCCUGUCGAUGGAGCCUUGUUUUAUUAGAGCUCCUCUCCAUGGUUGUCAAGCCAAGAAAAUCAAAACCACACCUUUUAUAAAGCAUUGUGAGAAUUGGAACCUAGGGAUUAAGCUAGUUGAUGCCCCAGAUAAAUUUUGGUGGUGGUAACCUUAUUCAUCUUCUUCUACGCUCAUAUCAACUAUCGCAUUAGAAUUAUUCUCUAUGUAUCAGUUAUCUUUGUUGUUGUAUGAGUUUUUUCCUUAUAUGACAAAACAUGA